AGGGAGGAGGGACCAAAACGCUGGCCGCGUCUCGGCGCUGGCGAGUCUGGGACUAGGGCUGGAGAGAUCGCCGGGGAGCAUCACCGCCACUCCUGCACGGAGCCUCACCACACCGCCGGGAUUGCAACCAAUUCCUCAGAAACAAAACUGCUCUUUAUGGCAUGUGGCUGGUAACAUUACUCCUGCUGUAUUCCUUUAAAGAAGUGAACAGCGAGGAUGUGGUCUCAACGCGGCUGUACUUUGUGAAUGCCUCCCUGCAGAGAGUGACCUUCUCCAGCUCAGUGGGGGUGUCCCUGCCCUGCCCCGCGGGUGGCGCCCCCCAUGCAGUCCUCCGUUGGUACCUGGCUACCGGCGACGACAUCUACGACGUGCCCCACAUCCGCCAUGUGCAUGCCAACGGCACACUGCAGCUCUACCCCUUCUCCCCCUCUGCCUUCAACAGCUUCAUCCAUGACAAUGACUACUUCUGCACCGCAGAGAACCAGGCCGGAAAGAUCCGCAGCCCAAGCAUUCGCGUCAAAGCGGUGUUCAGGGAGCCGUACACGGUCCGUGUGGCUGACCAGAGGUCCAUGCGGGGCAACGUGGCUGUCUUCAAGUGCCUCAUUCCCUCUGCUGUGCAGGAGUAUGUCAGUGUUGUCUCCUGGGAAAAGGACACUGUCUCCAUCGUCCCAGGUAACAGGUUUUUCCUGACACUGUACGGGGCGCUCUACAUAUCAGACGUGCAGAAGGAGGAUGCCCUCUCCACCUACCGCUGCAUCACUAAGCACAAAUACAGCGGAGAGACCCGACAGAGUAACGGAGCUCGUCUCUCUGUUCUAGACCCCACUGAAUCCCCACCUUCAGUGAUGGACAGCUUCCAGUCGGGUGAGGUGCAGGUUGGCCGUAGCAUCGAGCUCCCAUGCAUCGCCUCCGGCUACCCCAACCCCACCAUACGCUGGUUGAAGGACGGGAGGCCCCUCCCAGCCGAUUCCCGCUGGACCCGGCGUCUCACGGGCCUCACCAUCAGUGACCUGCGCCUGGAGGACUCCGGCAACUACAUCUGCGAGGUCACCAACAGCUUCGGCUCUAAAGAGGUCACGGGGCAUCUCAACGUGAUCGAGCCUUUGAGGGUUACACUCUCCCCCAAGAACUUGAAGACGGGUAUCAGUAGCACAGUAAUCCUGUCCUGUGCUGUGCAGGGUUCUCCUCACUUCACAGUGUCCUGGUUCCGCAACACAGAGCCUGUGCUUCCUGACCAGCACUUCUCCAUCCAGGGCUCCCACAACGAGACACUGUUCAUAACAGCAGCCCAGAAGAGGCACUCGGGUGCCUACCAGUGUUUCGCUACCCGCAAAGGCCAAACAGCACAGGACUUCUCCAUUAUUCUGCUGGAAGAUGGCACACCACGGAUCGUAUCUUCCUUCAGCGAACGCGUGGUGGCCCCGGGCGAGCCCUUCUCGCUCAUGUGUGCAGCCAAAGGUGCCCCUCCCCCUACCAUCACCUGGACCCUGGACGAUGAGCCGAUCGCUCGGGACUCGGCGCACCGGGCCAGUCAGUACACGCUCUCAGACGGCUCUACCGUCUCACAUGUUAAUGUCAGCAACCCGCAGAUCCGCGACGGGGGCGUGUACCGCUGCGCUGCACGCAACUCGGCCGGUAGCGCCGAGUACCAAGCGCGCAUAAACGUAAGAGGUCCUCCAAGUAUACGGGCCAUGCGGAACAUCACAGCGGUGGCGGGCCGCAAUACCUUCAUCAACUGCCGUGUGAUCGGCUAUCCUUACUAUUCCAUCAAGUGGUACAAGGAUGGCAUGCUACUGCCGGACAACCAUCGGCAGGUGGUGUACGAGAACGGCACCCUGAAGCUGAGCGAUGUGCAGAAGGGGAUGGAUGAGGGGGCGUAUUUGUGCAGUGUGCUCAUCCAACCACAGCUAUCCAUCAGCCAGACCGUCUAUGUCACUGUGAAAGUUCCCCCUCUCAUCCAGCCCUUUGACUUUCCCCCCACCUCCAUUGGUAAGCUGAUGUACAUAGCAUGUGUGGUGUCUUCUGGAGAUAUGCCCAUCCGGAUCACCUGGCGCAAAGACGGCCAGGAGAUUGUGUCCGGCACAUCCGGCGUCACCAUCGAGACUAAAGAGUUCAUGAGCUCACUUCAGAUCUCCAAAGUGUCCCUUAAACACAAUGGCAACUAUACCUGUAUUGCCAGCAAUGAUGCAGCGACCGUCAGCUCAGAGAGGCAGCUCAUAGUCACUGUUCCCCCUCGCUUCCGGGUCCAACCUAACAACCAGGAUGGGAUUUAUGGAAAGUCUGGGGUCCUAAACUGCUCAGUGGAUGGCUAUCCUCCUCCCAAAGUUAUGUGGAAACAUGCCAAAGGUAUUGGAAACCCGCAGCAGUACCACCCAGUUCCUCUGACUGGCCGUAUCCAAAUCAUGCCAAAUGGAUCUCUUCUGAUCAGGCAUGUUCUGGAGGAGGACCGUGGCUACUACCUGUGUCAGGCCAGCAAUGGAGUGGGAUCUGAUAUCAGCAAGAGCAUGUUACUUACAGUCAAAAUUCCAGCCAUGAUCACCUCCCAUCCCAACACUACUAUGGCUAUAAAGGGUCAGAAUAAGGAGCUGAACUGCACGGCCCGGGGCGAGUACCCUAUCAUCAUUCGGUGGGAGCGAGGUGACACGGUCAUCGACCCUGAUCGCAACCCUCGCUACUCCAUCACCACCAGCCCUAAUGAGAAGAGCGACGAGGUGAUCUCCACACUGAAGCUGAAGCCAGCUGAGCGUGGGGACUCCGUAUUCUUCUCCUGCCACGCUAUCAACUCCUACGGCGAAGGCCGUGGCCUCAUUCAGCUGACUGUACAAGAGCCUCCUGAUCCUCCAGAGUUGGAGGUCCGUGAGGUGAAGGAUCGCAGUAUGAACCUCAGAUGGACCCAGAGGUUUGACGGCAACAGCAUAAUCACGAGUUACGACAUAGAGUACAAGAACAAAUCUGACCCAUGGGAGUUAAAGCAUGCCACGCGCAAAAUCUCGCCCACCAACAACCAGGCCAACAUAGUAGAGCUGCACCCUGCAUCUGUCUACAGCAUCCGCAUGUACUCAUACAACAAGAUCGGACGCAGUCAGGCCAGCAAGGAGCUGACCAUCAGCACUGAGGAAGCACCUCCGGAUGGGCCACCUAUGGACGUUAUUCUGCAGCCUAUGACAUCGCAGAGCAUCCGUGUCACAUGGAAGGCUCCUAAGAAGGAGCUCCAGAAUGGAGUGAUACGUGGCUACCAGAUUGGUUACAGGGAGAAUGGGCCAGGCAGUAAUGGCCAGUACAGCAUAGUGGAAAUGAAAGCAACAGGAGACAGUGAGGUGUAUACGCUGGAUAACUUGAAGAAAUUUGCCCAGUAUGGAGUGGUGGUGCAGGCCUUCAACCGAGCUGGAACAGGACCAUCCAGCUCAGAGAUCAAUGCUACCACUCUGGAAGAUGUGCCCAGCCAACCCCCUCAGAAUGUUCGGGCCAUCACAGUGACAUCAGAUGAAGCAGUGAUCACAUGGUCUGAACCACCGCGAAUGACCCUGAACGGGGUCCUAAAGGGCUACCGGGUGGUCUUCUGGUCCCUCUUCCCCGAUGGAGGUGGGUGCUGUGGGAGCCAGGCACUGGGGCUGAACCAGAAAUGGGGUGAGAUGCAGAACAUCACGACUACUCGAGAGCAGGUGGAGCUGAGGGGUCUGGAGAAGUUCACCAACUACAGCGUCCAGGUGCUGGCCUACACACAGGCAGGGGACGGAGUCCGCAGCAACGUCCUGUACAUACAGACGCGAGAGGACCACCCGGGUCCUCCAGCAGGCAUCAAAGCGGUGCCCUCCUCUGCCAGCAGUGUGGUGGUAUCUUGGCUUCCCCCUCAUAAGCCUAAUGGCAUCAUCCGUAAAUACACCAUUUACUGUUCCAGUCCUGGAUCAGGUCAACCGGCUCCUAGUGAAUAUGAGGCGAACCCAGAGGUACUGUUUUACCGGAUUACCCACCUGACCCGGGGUCAGCAGUACCUGAUCUGGGCGGCAGCCGUCACCACAGCUGGUCGGGGCAAUAUCAGUGAGAAGGUCACUGUGGAGCCAGCUGGUAAAGCUCCUGCAAAGAUCCUGUCUUUUGGAGGAACAGUUACAACUCCCUGGAUGAAGGAGGUCCGGCUUCCAUGCAGUUCAGUGGGCGAGCCGACGCCUACUAUUAAAUGGACCAAAGACAGCGAGGACUCUGCUAUACCAGUCACUCAGGAUGGUCACCGGAACAUUCUGGUGAAUGGGACGCUGGUACUGCGCUCAGUGAAAGCAGAGGAUUCUGGCUACUACACCUGCACAGCCACUAACACCCUGGGGUUCGAUACCAUCAUCAUUAACCUGGUGGUGCAGGUUCCCCCAGAUCAGCCACGUUUGACAGUUUCCACCACUUCAACCUCUUCCAUCACUCUGGCCUGGAUUCCAGGAGAUAAUGGAGGAAGUUCUAUUAGAGGCUUUGUACUGCAGUACUCUGUGGAUAACACAGAAGAGUGGCGAGAUGUCUUUAUUAGCUCAAGUGAGCGCUCCUUUAAACUGGAUAACCUCCGUUGUGGAACCUGGUACAAAGUCAAACUAGCCGCCAAGAACAGCGUGGGCGCGGGCAGGAUCAGUGAGAUCAUUGAAGCAAAGACUCAUGGCAGAGAGCCGCAAUUCAACAAGGACCAGCCUUUGUUUACCCAUAUCAACUCCACCCACGCCCGGCUCAACCUUCAGGGCUGGACAAGUGGUGGGUGCCCCAUCAACGCCGUCCUGCUGGAUUUCCGUCCUAAAGGCACCUGGGCGUGGCAUAGCGUACGCACCAACGCCACAACAGACGUAUUCCUGGCUGAACUACGUGAGGCCACCUGGUAUGAGCUGAAGAUGAAGGCCUGCAACAGCGCAGGCUGUGGCAACCAGACGUCCCAGUUCGCAACACUGGACUACGAUGGCAGCACAAUUCCCCCAAUCAAAUCUGCCCGGGGGGAGGGCGAUGAUGUGAAGAAGCUGUUUUCUAUAGGCUCUCCUGUUAUUUUAGUGACACUGGGCAUGGCCCUCCUCUUCAUCAUUCGGAAGAAGCGCAAAGAGAAGAGGCUGAAGAGACUAAGAGAUGCAAAGAGUUUGGCAGAAAUGCUAAUCAGCAGUAAGAACAAUCGCAGUUUUGACACCCCAGUGAAGGGCCCACCUCAGGGGCCACGGCUUCACAUAGAUAUUCCACGUGUCCAGCUUCUCAUCGAGGACAAAGAGGGCAUCAAACAGAUCGGUGAAGACAAAGCCACAAUUCCUGUGACGGACACAGAGUUUAGUCAAUCUGUGAAUCCUCAGAGUUUCUGCACAGGCGUGUCCGUCCAUCACCCUGCCCUCAUUCAGAACACUGGCCCGUUGAUUGACAUGUCUGACAUUAGACCAGGAACCAACCCAGUUUCAAGGAAAAGCGUAAAGUCAGCUCACAGCACAAGAAAUCGCUACUCAAGUCAGUGGACGUUGACAAAGUGCCAGGCAUCCACGCCAGCCCGUACCCUGACCUCGGACUGGCGUACUGUGGGCUCCCAGCACGGCAUCACGGUCACAGAGAGUGACAGCUACAGUGCCAGCCUGUCUCAGGACACGGACAAAGGGCGUAACAGCAUGGUAUCCACAGAGAGUGCUUCCUCCACAUACGAGGAACUGGCCCGAGCCUAUGAGCAUGCAAAGCUAGAGGAGCAUCUACAGCACGCCAAGUUCGAAAUCACAGAGUGCUUCAUCUCAGACAGUUCUUCCGACCAGAUGACCACGGGCACAAACGACAACGCCGACAGCAUGACGUCCAUGAGCACACCAUCUGAGCCGGGCAUCUGCCGCUUUACGGCAUCACCGCCAAAACCACAGGAUUACGACCGCGGCAAAAACGUAGCGGUGCCCAUCCCACACCGCGCCAACAAAAGCGAGUACUGUAACCUACCCCUGUACAUGAAGACGGACCCUUUCUUCCGCAAGCAGGCUGAGCUGCACGACCCUUGCCCUGUGGUGCCGCCGCGCGAAGCCUCCAUUCGAGGAUUGGCAGCACGAGCCUACCACACACAGGGCCGUCACAUGACAUUAGACCCAUCCAAACAGCCAUCCUUGACGCUGGGCCACGGCGGCCUGAGUAGCCUGACCAGCUCAGGAGCUUCAGGGGCUUCAGGCCCAGCCUCGAGCACCACCACAGGUGGAUCCAGCAUCAGCUCGGGCACUGCCACAUUGCCCCAGAGGACUCUCACCAUGCCCAGCUCCUCAUCCACCUCUUCGGCCGGUCAGAGCACCGGCGCAGCAGCUGCCGCGGCCGGUGCCGUCGCCAGCACGGGCUCCACAGGGGGAGGUGGCGUGGCUGGCAGUUCCAAGGUUGGGGGCUCCAGGGACUCUCUGCUGGAGAGCAGCUCAUCUGGUUUGGGAAGACUGCAAAAGCAGAGCGCCGGGGCGUAUUCAAAAUCCUACACACUGGUGUAGUCCCUCCUCUCUCUCCCACACACACACACACACACACACAUUUAUAACACAUAUAUCCAGAGCUCACCUGGCACAGGGUGGGAACUGAACUCUGCACUCGCUGGGCUCGUCCACCACAGGGGUCUUUCUUUACCUGUUUGUCUGUCUGCCUUUCUCACUCUCUUUCUCUCUCUCUCUCUCUCUCUCUCUCUCUCUCUCUUUUACUCACUUUCUCUCUCGCUCUCUCUCUCACUCUGGCUAUCUUUGCCUUUCCCACACUCUUAUUUACCCAACCCAGCUUCUCUCUUCUGUUCUUCUCAUUUUUUUUCUCACAUUGCCUGUCUCACCUACUCAUCUUUUCUUUGUCUGUCAAAGACACCUUGGACCUUAUGCACGAAAUACUUUCCAUGUGCACCUGCUAAUUUGACUUUUUGACAGUAGGAAAGCUUUUUAAGAGAUAUGAUUUUAAGAGAUAUAUUGUUUAACCAGUCUAGAUGUGUUUAGGCUGUUUGAAGUGUUUCUUUCCACAACUCUUGAAAGAGCGAUAACACACUGCGACACAUUGCCUCGGAAAGUGCUUAUGCAUAAAAGAAUCAAUCCUGGUGUCAUCAUACUUGCCCAUCCCUGGCCAGACUGGUCUGGAUUCAGAUAUAAACUAUUCAGUGACUGUGGUAUAAGCCAACAGAAAAGUCAGUCUUUUUUUGUUUUUCAUGCAAUUAAUGACACAAUAUAAAGUGUUAUUGACUAUUUUAUAAACAAACAAAAAAAGGAAAAAAAAAUGACUGGAGCUAUUUCACAGAGGAUGGAUGGAAACUGUUGUUUUUUUCUAUCCAUUGUUUUAUUUGUAUUUUUCCCCCAGAAUUUCUGAACUUGUGCACUAAGGAGGGAGUAGAUUCACAGAUAUUUCUCAAGCCUGCGUUUGUUUGUGUGUGUGUGUGUGUGUGUGUGCAUGUGCACACGCCUGUGUGUUUAUAUAUGGAACUACACUGAAAAUCAGCCAUAACAUUUACACCGCCACCUUGUUUCUAAAUUCAUUCUUAUCAGCGUAUCAGGAUAAUACAAUGUGCAGAGAAACAGAUACAGGACUAUAGUCUUUAAUAAUUAUACAACUGCAAAGUGUCUGAUAUGAUCAGUGGAGCUGAUAAGAUUGACAAUGUAGAAACAUAGAAGUGGGUCAUAAUGUUAUAGCUAAUCAGUGUAAAUAUGCCUACACACAUGGUCAGCACACACCACCAGAACGUGUCAUAUAUAUGGGCCUGAUGUUUGUUUGUUUAUUAAUGUAUGGAGAUGGAGAUGGAGGGUGUGGCGUGUGAAGGGGCCGUGUGUUGUGUGUUCUGCCCUGUGUAUUCUGUAUCUUCUCUGGUAUAAUGGAGUCACACUGUUUUCCAGGCUACAGAGAGAAAAGGAGGAGGUGGUCUAAGAAAGAAUGGAAAGUUUUGUGUUUGUUAAAGAGGUGAACAGACCUUCCGUCUCCUGCUCCCGCUUCUCUUCCUUCACACGCUCUCGUUCUCGAUGUUUGUUAGUUUACCUGUCUGUGAUAGAUCCCAUGAACCCACAUUUCCCUUUAACUCAACCUUCCUCAUCCUCACUGUGAACACCUUGAAGCCUCUCCUGGAUGGACACGGCUUGGGCCUGUCAGCGAGCUGGAGAUGAAUCGGAGAGAGGAUGCACUCACCAAACCGAGACACAGGGAAGAACAGAGGCAGAGAGAGAGAGAGAGAGAGAGGAACAGGGAAUGGACGGAUCGACGGAGAGAUAUAUGCUGUUGCUGAGUAGCUUUUCUGCAUUUGUGUUUAUAAUUUUUUUUAAACCUUCUUUUCUUUUCCACCAGAAAGGGGGCGCUAUCGGGCCUCGUUAUUCUGCAACAUAAGCUGUAGACAUUAGCUUUAGGUCCUCUAAAUGCCGACACACGUUCAAGUCAAGUUCACGUUCAAUGCUGUAGACACUAGCUUUAGGAAGUACGGUGGGGUGAUGUAGGGCAGUGCAGGAAGAUGAGAAAGAAACGAGGGUUGAGGCAGUAGAAGAAGAAGGGAAGACACAGCGCUCUCUCUCACAUCCUCCGAAUCUUAAAAUGCCUCCCGAGCCCGUACACGUAAAGAACGUAUUUAAUGUAUAUCUUAUCUUUUUUUCAUCCAGUAUCCUUUCCCUACACUGACUCGACUCCCAAAGCAAAGCCCCACUCUAAAACAUCUAAAAACCAACCAACUACUCAACUACUGACUUCAACCAACAAAACACUCCAAACACUACAUCAGGGCUCCUGCAAUACAAAAGAGAAAAAAGAAAAUAUAUUACCGUGUUUCUUGCCAAAAUAUAUAUAAAUAUAUAUAUAUAUAUAUAUUUCUAUCUAAAGAUAUAGUGAAUAUUUAAGUGGUGAGAACAGAGAUAUAAUGCCAUAUCGAAUUGAGUAAAGAAAAAUUAUAUUUUAAAAAAGAGAUCUGAAGACAAUCGCUCGGUGGGAGGAGCAGCAGAAUGAGAGGAAGGGUACAUCACGGGAUGUAAUGGAGAGAAAAACGGGUAACAAACGUUAAACCCAAGCAGAAAACGGUGUGAAAUAGACGGAUAUGUGCUAUAAGACACUGGAGGUUCAUAAUACUGGGGUUGGUGUUCAGAAGCUCUAGUGCUGCUCAGCCGGUCUGAUAUUCAGGAUUCAGAACAAACGUGAUUCUGCUAAAUCGGCGAAAUUGUAUAGCGCGGUAUCCCUGUUAAAGUGUGUUAAACCCGGCGGCGUGUAGUUUAGUGUCAGUGCUGCCAUUAAGAUCAGUGCUGAGGUAGUUCAGUAGCAAGAAAUGUCAUCAUUCCAUUCUUUUUCAAAUCUUGAACAUGAGGAUUUUAUUAUUUACAUCCGAAAAUCUUGAGUUUCCACUAGAUUCAUUCACAGUACAGAUCAUUACUGCUGUCUGAUUGUUCCAUUUGCCUGUUGUAUACAGGAGUUAGAUAUCAACUGUUAUAAGGGAGAGAUUGCGCCCCCUAAGUGCACUACAUGCCCUCAUAGCACAGCAUCCUUUUGGUAAAAAACAGUUUAAACAGAGAACAGAACGACAUAUAUUUACAUUUUACUGUGCGUUCAUAUUUUGAAACGAUUUUAAACAUUAGUGAACUGAAGUAAUCCCAAACACACUGCAUAUUAAUAUAUUUAAAGACGACCAAACAUACUUCACAAGCAUCAAACAGGAAACAUGAGUUCAAUAUUGUGUGGACAGAUUCAGAUUGAACCCCAGAAUGAAGAGUCUACACUGAAUUUAAACCCCUUAAACCUCUUAAAUCAUCAAAUGAAUCAUUCUGCUGAAGCUGUUCCUCUCACAGAUAAAAGCACAGAAGUCUGAAGUAAAGCCCAUCAGCUGCUUUCAUCAGGACCGUCUGAGUCGUGCGAUAUUCACACUCAUUUAGAUAUGUCAUACCCAUUUACAAACACUCCCUCAGCCACUGAACAGCCCCAUGUGUUGUGUUUAAUCCAGUUUAAUUAUAUAAAAUGUUCCAUUUCUUUUGGAUAUUUCUAGUUGUAGCUGUAAAUCCUGUUGAGUUUGUCUUGCUUUAUUUGAAAUGAUUGUUUUUAUGUUGAGAAAUGCAGUUGUUACGCAGUGGGGCAGGCCUGUUCAAUCAGUCAAAAUCAGGGACUCCUCAGCUCCAGCCAAUCAUAGGAGAAGCUGUGUAGAUAUUGGGCGGAGUCAGGAAUCAAACUCCAUCCCUACCCGCCCUGUUCGCCCACCCAUAUUUAUCCAGUUUGCCCCAUUUCCUCAACCAAUCAGAUUACCUGUUUUAUCCAGGCCUCUCCCAUCAACAUAAUUUGUAAUCUGCAAAUAAUGACUCUUGUAUAUAACAAAGUGUUUUGUAUAAAUAAUUACUAUUUUCGACAUCUCCAGAAGAAACCAGGGCACAAAGCGUCCGAUUAAAGGUAUAACUUUAAAUGUGAGGGGAUUCAAAAUAAUAAAAUAUAUAAAAUCUAACAAAAAUAGAUUUUGAGUGGGGUACAAGAUCCCAGAAGAAAAAUGUCUUGUAUUUAAUUUUAUUUUAUUUCAACUGUUUUAUUUUGUUUGUUUGUUUUAUUUUUGUUUUGUUGCGGUCAUGUUCAUUUAUGUUGUUGGUUGUUUUAUUUACUUUGUUUAUUGUUUUUUGUUUUGAUUUUAUUUUUUAGUUAUUCUAAAGAAAAUGGCAUUGCAUGCUCUGAAUAUUUUGCUGGUUAUUAAAAGAUAAGGAAAAAGGAAAUACAAAUAAUUACAAGGGGAAAGUUAUAAAAAAAAUACAGAGGGGAUUCAUAAACUUUUAUGGAAAAAGUUGCUUCAAUUUGCAAUUGCUUGUGUUUAACUAUACAGUUUUUUUUUUCUAUGAAACAAAACGAAAACAGAAAAAGAGUACUCCGACACCUUGUGCAAUAAAGCUAUCUUUCUAUGA